AUGUUUGAAGAAACUGAAAGAUAAUUAUUAAAAUUUCUUAGAAGUUUAGCUAAGGAUUCAACUGAAGAAAUAAUUAUAGAAGAUGCUGAAAUGGAUUGUAUUCCAGAUUCUAUAAAAGCUGAAUUAGAAAAGUUUAGUCUAUUGUCUCUUUAAUUAAAUAAAUGUAAAUUAAAAAGUUUAUCUAAUUUACCUGAUUCUAAAUCAAUAAUCAGAGUUUGUUUGGAUCACAAUUAAUUAAGUGGAAAGGAAUUAUCUAAAUUAAAUAUUUAUCCAAAUUUGAUUGCAUUAUCAAUUAUGGAUAAUUAAUUUGAUUCUAUUGAAGAUAUUAAAUAAUUAGCAUUGCUUAAUCAUCUUUCUUAAUUAAAUGUAUAUAGAAAUCCAGUGGCUGAUUAACCUAAAUUUAGAUAAGACACUUUUGAAGUUUUAAGUAAAUUAGUAUUGUUAGAUAAUCUAUCUAAAACUGGAGAUGAGAUUUAAUUAAAUGAGGAAGUGAAAAUAAGCAAAAAUUUAGAAACAAUUGAUCCUUCAGAUUAAAGAAAAAUAAUAGGAUGA